AACGUAAUCUGAAAGCUUGACAUCCUUUCAUGUCAUCAGUCUAUAAUGGAAACGAGUGAGUAUACACUCAAGGUUUAGGACAAGAUGAGCUUCAUCCUUCUCUCGAUUUCUCCCAGAGUUAUUGAUGGAUAUCAAAGUUUAAUGUCGAAUUCUCAUUGCCUUUAAUACGUGAUGAUGAGAAAUACAGAGUCUAGAAUUGUUAUCUUCCUAACAAGCUUAUAAUCCUAACUGUAGAACAUGCCAUAUUCUAGCAUGAGCAUGCAUUAGCUAGGAUGCAAGUUACAGCAAGUAUAUCAGUCUUGAUUCUCUCGAAGUUUAGGGGAAGAGGGCAAACAGGUCUUUUAAUAGCUGUGUUAGGCUAAAGAUUCUUCUAUGGAAGAAAACGACACCGUAAAAGCAGAGUGUCUGUUAUUUACAGUUUAGCCCUAAACCCUACUAAGAGAUGGAGAGCCGGUGAAGAUCGAAGAGAUCACGAGAGGUCGAAUGGAAAAAGAUUUGUGGAAAAACGAAGAUGAACCAUGGAGGGUACUCGAAUUCUACAGUGGAAUAGGUGGAAUGAGGUAUUCGUUAAUCAAAGCCGGCGUGAACGCAGAAGUAGUUGAGGCAUUUGACAUCAACGACAAAGCCAAUGAUGUUUAUCAGCACAACUUUGGUCACCGUCCUUAUCAGGGUAAUAUUCAGAGCCUCACUGCAACUGAGCUGGACGGCUAUAAGGCUGAAGCAUGGCUUCUUUCUCCUCCUUGCCAACCCUACACUCGACAAGGGCUCCAAAAGCAAUCUGGUGAUGCCAGAGCAUCUUCGUUUCUCAAACUUCUUGAACUUAUGCCACUACUUUCACAACCUCCUGUUCUGUUAUUUAUGGAAAAUGUCGUUGGAUUUGAGACAUCAGACACUCACGCAAAAAUGAUUGAGAUAUUGGGCAAGUCUGAAUAUGUAACGCAGGAGUUUAUCUUGAGCCCACUACAGUUUGGUGUGCCAUAUUCCAGGCCACGUUAUUUUUGUCUGGCAAAGAGAAAACCUUUCUCCUUUAAGUGCCAACACUUUAAUAGCCAGCUCCUGUGGUCUCCAGGCCCAUUGCUUGGGCAUGAUGACAUUGCUGUGAUCAACAAACAUGUUGAAUCUGAUGAGAGCUGGGAUAAGUUGCUCCAAUCUUGUGACCCUGUAGAGAGUUUUCUUGAAUUCAAAAAACCAAGCCACCAAAUAAAUACAGAAACUGAUUUCUUGGCAACUAACAGUAUUACUACAGAUAGUUUUGGAGCUUCAGAGAAAAUUGGUGAAGCAAAUGAGCAUGAGUCUAUGGACCAAUAUCUUGUUCCACCAAGCUUGAUAGAAAGGUGGGGAAGUGCUAUGGACAUUGUCUAUCCAGAAUCGAAAAGAUGUUGUUGUUUUACAAAGAGCUAUUAUCGAUACGUCAAAGGUACUGGUUCCCUUUUGGCAACUAUCCAGCCAGAGAGGGGAAAACCAACUUCUCUGAAGGAGCAAUGCCUUAGAUAUUUUACCCCCAGGGAGGUUGCAAAUUUGCACUCUUUCCCAGAGUAUUUUCAGUUCCCACAGCACAUAAGCCUUAGACAACGAUAUGCAUUGCUGGGAAACGGUUUAAGCAUAGCAGUGGUCGCUCCCUUACUCCAGUAUCUGUUUGCGCAGCCAUCCUGAUAUUCUUUUUAAGGCCUGAUGUUUCCAUGUGAAGCCGCUCACAAGUUAUCAAUUUUUGCAGGGUUGAUGAGUUCAGAUAACCAGCUUAUAAAUGUCUAAAUUUGAUGAGUUUGAAUAGCUAGCUUAUAACUUUGCUAGCCCUUAUAGCUGAGCCAUGGCCCUUAUGGUUGAGGCCGGGUGGGGUUUGAAAGGCUUGGGUUUAGGAUAUAAAAAAAAAAGGCUAUUGGAGUAGCUUCGUGAUCAAAUAGAUACAAAAUAGAAUCUGAAGUUGUAUUAAUUUCAUGAGUAGCUACUAAAUCUAUAUUCAUUUUGCUGGCAGCUUUGUCUAUGGCAACUUUAGACAAACAAUAACAGCCUAAAAGGGAAGAAACAGACAUUAGUUAGCACAAUCGUUAGUGUAACAGGAUGAAGUUUCUUGAAUGUAAUUGACUGUUCACAGGUCUUGAAUCUCAAUGAGACACAUUUAGGAUUAAAUUU